AGCACACCACUAAUUAAGCAAAAAAAAUUGGUCCUCAUCCAUCAUGCUUCCUCUCUAGCCUGUUUCAAACAACAUGUCCAAACCUCCAAUGGCUGCUCAAAUGGAUGGUCAGUUUCUGAGCCCUUAUCCGCCUGAGGGACCAGAUGUUUCCAGAAGAAAAAGCGACAACAUCAGAAUUGUAACUCCGGAAACUGUCAGGCCUGAACACGUUCCAGAUAAUGAGCUUCUUGAAAAACUUCACACUUACGACAACUUUUACCAAACUACCAAAAGCUUGUUGAUUCUUUUUCAGAUUAUGGGUGUUAUGCCCAUUGAACGCCUGAGAGGGAAAACGAUAUUCAGAUGGUUCUCAGCAAACACUUGUUGGGCUUAUUUCGUGUAUACAGUGGAAACGAUUUUUGUCAGCAUUGUAUUCAAGGAGCGACUGGUGUUGAUCCUCAAGCCAGGAAAGCGGUUUGAUGAGUACAUUUAUGGAGUAAUUUUCCUGAGUAUCCUGAUUCCUCACUUCUUGCUGCCUCUGGGCGCAUGGCGGAAUGGGCAGGAGGUGGCUCGAUUUAAGAAUAUGUGGACCAAAUUUCAGCUGAAAUACUUCAAGAUGACUGGAACCGUUAUAAAAUUCCACCGUCUCACUCUCACAACAUAUUCAUUAUGCGUGUUGUCCUGGUUGGUGGGCAUUUUGAUCAUGCUUGCACAGUACUACUUGCAGCCGGACAUGCUUUUGUGGCACACUUUCGGAUAUUAUCACAUCUUAGCGAUGCUGAACUGUCUUUGCACGCUGUGGUAUAUCAACUGUACUGCCAAAGGGCGCGUAGCAGGAUGGAUAGCUGAAAAGUUACAGGAAGCUCUACAAACGAAAGGUUCAGCUAAAAAGUUAGCUGACUAUCGGGAGCUUUGGGUGGACUUGUCUCACAUGAUGCAACAGCUCGGCACGGCUUACAGUGGCAUGUAUGCUCUGUACUGCUUGCUGGUACUGCUCACGACUAUAGUAGCGACCUAUGGAUGUUUGACAGAAAUCCUCGAUCACGGAUUAUCUUUUAAAGAAGCGGGCCUGUUUCUUAUUGCUUUUUACUGCGUGACUUUGUUGUGCAUCAUAUGCAACGAGGCGCACGCUGCAUCGAGAAAAAUGGGACCGGAAUUUCGGGAGCGUUUAUUAAACGUUAAUCUCUCGGCAGUGGACCAACGAACAGUGGAAGAAGUCCAUAUGUUUCUAACGGCAAUCGACAAGAAUCCGCCCAUAAUGAACCUAAAUGGAUAUGCUAAUAUAAAUAGGAAGCUAAUUUCCUCCACGGCCACUUCAGCUGCAACUUACUUAGUUAUGCUGAUGCAGUUUCGACUGUCUCUCAUGAGAAACGCCGCAGUAGCUGCUAGAAAAACUGCCGGGCAAAACUCAACAAUGCAUGGUUAAGAGUAACUUUAAUUGGUUUACAGCAUAUUAAUUGGUAGAUUUUAUGUCUUGAUAAGUUACAAUUACAUUGCAUUAUCAUGAGCUGAAUAAACUGGGUUUCUUAGAGCAAAUGUCAGCUUCAAGAGCAAACAUAUAACGUGCAUCUCAUAUUGCUGUUUUGCGUUAUCGAAAAAUAUCCACUUCAUCGUUGUCAACCAUUAAUUUACUAGCAGAAUGACGGUUUAAUUGUGCUUACAAGAGCUGCACAUGUUUGGAAUGAGUUCCAUGACGAAACUGAAGAUUAAGCAGCAAAUCAGAUUUGUUACACUGCUGUUAUGUCUAUAUUAGCAGCUUUGAGUAUAUUUUUAAUGUGUGUGGAUUUAAAACGGGUUCUCGAUAUUUUUAAGCUGGGAAAUGGCAGCACUAAUGGCUCAAAAAUAAUUAACUUUCAAAAUUGUUUCAUUUAGCUGAACUUUUCAUGAGUAAAACAUUCAUUUUUGGUUUAUAAUUUCUUUAUGCAAUAAUUUUAUAAGUAGGGGAGAUUUAUAACGCUUGUCAAUUCCUCCAUUAAAUAUUAUUUAUACUUAAUUUGUCUAAAAUUAUUUAAUUACAAUCGUCAUGGUGUACUAGAUCCGACUGCAAAGAUUUUAUCUUCAAAUUGCAUUGCUUUGAAACUGCAAAUAAAAUUGUUUGUAGUAUUUACCGAUUGCUCCCCUACUUGCGGAUGAUUCUGUUUACAUUUACUAAAUUGUAAAUUCAAUAUUUCAUGGUAAACCAAUAAAUUCCACGGAUGGAAGAAUUGCAUUGCAGGCGCCACUUAAUGCGCCGACCUGCUCUGGAAUACAGAUGACACUGCCUGCAGCGAUUUAACGGUGUCUUUGAUUACUAUCGCAACAUGAAGAUUGGCUUUUAUAUGACCGCAUAUUAAUUCGAUGCUGUUCUACAAUUAUACGCCGCCUUUAAUGGAAAUCUCAGAUAUGUCAAUUAGGUACUUGGAAACAGACGCCGGCAACUUCAACCAGAGAUAUU